GCCUUCUCUCUCUGUUCCUUCUCGCGAUCGCCAUCUACCAACAGCUAAUGGGGUGACAUCGUCAGCUCGCGCACCGGCACACGAUGUCGAUCAUCUCCCACCCAUAAUGGUACUGCGUACAUAACACCGUACCCACAAACCGGGGGCCCCUUCAAACCACGUCCCAGAGAGAUGCUUCAGCCGGCCCAAUCGGCUCUACGUCGAUGGGACCAGAGCAGUCUGACUCGUAUUCUCCGCCUCGUAUCAUCCCAAUGAUGCGUGGUGGGACAACUGAUGGCCAGCCGGAGCUCUUCGUAUGCCUCAGACAUCACCGACGGCACGAAGAUCCGCGGGAAGGCGGUUGCGUAUAAGAAGACCUCACAUCCCCCAUAGUUACCUACAGUCUUCUUUCUCGUCACCCCAGAGCUCAACUCACUCGCCUUUGCCAACAUCUUCAAACGCUUCCUCCUUCUCGCCUCACAUCAACCUUCGCCCAGGAACACCUGACAAGCCACCGCUACCGCCAUCAUGUUCAAGACUCUCGCUACCGCCGCACUCGUUUUCGGGGCCUCAGCCGUCGCGCAGACCGAGGGACCCCUCCCGGCCGAUGCUAAGUUCACGCUGAUGGCCCUGCGAUCCGCCAGCCCGGUUCACUUCUCUAGCGUUUCGGCCGCCAAGAGCGGCCUCUUCCUGCAGCUGCCCAACCAGGAGGCCAGCUGCGACGGCGAGGCCGCUACCCAGGCCACCUUUUACCUGAAGGACGGCGGGCUCUUCCUCUACGCCGCCUCGGCUACGCCCCAGCAGCUGUAUGCCGACCGCUCCGGAAUGGGUCAGGGCGUUAUCGGCUUCACCACGGGCGCACAGCCGACGCCAAAGAACGGCGAGAGGGGCACGUUCGCUCUGGAUGCCAACAACAACCUGAACUUCAACGGUGCCGCUUUCCUCGCCUGCCCCAACAGCAUCGACGGCGCUUGGAGCUUGUGGGUUUCGACCGGAGUGGCGGAGCCAGCUGGGAACAAGGACUGCCUUGGCGUCUCCCUUCGCGCUGUCGAGGCCGUCAACCCUAACGGCUGUGUCUACACCUCUUAGAUACUCAGCGACAACGGACAACGACAACGGACGACAACGAACGCUAGACCCAUAGGACCCGGACUCCAGUAACGUUCUAAUUACCUGUAGAUAGUUGAAAAGGAAAGCUCACCGCAAGCCGUCAAGCCAGCUAGUGGUUAAAUAUACUCAGCGCGAUUUCGCCGUGCUUUCAUCACACUUGUUUUUUUUAAUACCGCUUUGUGCACCAGAAGUGAAUCGACUACGCCAGGCGAGUUGGAAUACUAGGCCCCCGUCGCGAAUUCGGCGGACCGAUAAGCUGUAGAGUCUAGAAGUGAGUAAGCUACGGCACCAUAGACAGGUGAUGGCAAUGGUGUAUUGUUA